AAGUCACCUUGAUGAGAUAGGGGGAGAUUAAGGAGAGUUGGAUAAAACAUAAUAUGCUAUAGUCAACUUCAGGAUGCAUGAACCUAGUCUUCUCAGCAUCCUAGGAAGAACGAAUUUGCCUGGACUUCUUAUUGUAAGAGGCCCGAGAAAUGAAAAGGAAGAGGAAGACACUCAAGUUUGCGCGGGACUAGUGACCUAUCCCAGGGCGUGUGAGUAUUGAAUUGCGUGUGCGUCACCGGAAAACACUUGCCGACUGAUUGAAGGAAGGUGGCGCGUUGCGGAAAGGAACUAAUUGAUUCUUUAUAAGUCACAAUGCCUGGAAGAGGAGGUGAAAAUCGCACAAGAGAAACCAAGUCAAAGAACAAGAGCAAAUCUCAACAGUGUAAAAAAACUGAAAAAAGGAAAGUUGAUAAUGAAGAUACUAAGGAGUUAGAAAAAGAGGUCAGACAGUCAAUCAAACUAAUGAAGAAACAACUAGCGAGUCCAAGACAGCCUUUGCAAGAAACUGGGGAAAAUGCAAAUAAGAAAAAGAAAACUUUCAAAAAUAAAGUAACAUGGCAGUCUCUCUCAAAAGAUAAUAAAGAAUAUUUUGAGACUAUGAUGGAUUCUAUGAUACGAUCUGUUUUGAGAGAUGAAAUAAAAAAAAAGGAAAACACCCAAAUUCAUCUUAACUGCUUAAAGGAAAGGUUUCUUCAAUUGUGUGAAACUCAUAAAAUCUCUCUGGGAGAGUGGAACAGUCUAAAGGAAGUGUCAAAUCUCUGUCUGAAGGAACUGGAAAUUCUUGAGGCCAAUAAAAAAGACUUGGAGUUAUUGAAGGAAGAAACUGAAAAAGCAAUGAAGGCCACACAAUUAAUAAAAGAAAAUAUUCAGAACCUUCAGGACAGAAUUCGGAUUCUUGAGAGUGAAUUGAAGGAAAAAGAGGAAAAGUCUAAGCAGGUGCUUCAAAUAGAUGGUACCAGGGCCCUUUCUCUUCCAGAACUCCCCAAGAAAAGUAUUAAAGCCCCAAUACUUCAUGAGGAAAUUUUGAAGAGGAUUCCAAAUCAGAAGGAUAUUCUAAAGGAUCUGCAUGUCAUGAAUAAUUCAGCAGAGAUGAAGAACAUGCUAACUUUCAUAAAAGAAGCCUAUAAGAAUCUGGAUGCCUCCUAAGUUCUUGUAUUAUUUUGUGGACAAAUUUAACAUUUAUAAAUCAGUUAAAAUGAUUGUUACCUUUAAGAGUCUUUAGAUAUUAUGGAUGAUUAAACCAUAUUGGGAAGUACAAGUCCCCCCAUUCAUCACUUUUAAAAAUAGGCAUCUCCUACCAAAUGAAAAUCCAAAGAGGCUCUGGAUCAGAAAUGACAAGUUUAGGUGCUCCAGUCGCCCCAUUCCACAUCAUUCUGACGUGUGUCUCAAGACCAUACACCUAAAAACUAAGCUUUUUUUUCAUCUAUUUUGGAUUUUCUAGGACCAGAGUUUCAGCAGAAUAUAGCAAUCUUUUUAAAUUGAGGAAUCAAUCAAAUAAAAUAGGUAGGACAUAGGAGAGUUAAUAUGUACCUUUCAAAAGUGACUGAACUUUCAAUGACCAGUUAUUUAGAACUGGAAAAAUUAUCCUCUUUUUUUAAAAUCCCUUCCUUCUUUCAGUGCAAUUUUCUUCCCCCUAACAACUCCCUGGCCUUCCUCCAAUGACCUAUCUCACUUUUACUGUUAGCUGUGUUUUUGGUAAACAGGAGAAACCAAGGGAUUUAUAAAUGACUGUAAUUUGGGAUGACUAAUGACAUCACUUAUUUCUGUGAGCAUAUAGAUAUCGAAACCUUUUUCCCUCCAGAUUAUCAUGGAAGCAUGAUUGUGUCCCAGAAGACUGAUUACUAAAGAAAUGCAUGAAUAUUUUGUCCCUUUAAGAGUAUCAACUCAAAAAUAACCUAACAUUUCAAUAUCCAAAGCCUAAUUUUUUAAAGAUACUGUUUUCUGUAAAAAAUGUUAACUUAUUCAUGACAGUGUACAUAUAUUUAUAUUGAUAUAUCACUAAAUUGAUAUAGUUUAAAAACUAUUUCUAGGAUAGUCAUGUAAUUAGCUGUCAAGUUGAAAUAAAAUCUUUGAGAAAAUCGA